AUGUUCCAUUUGCAGGAGGGACAAUUUUAUCCAGUUCGAGUGAUAGAGCUUCGUCACAAUCGUCAUCCCUAUCAUGUUCUCUUCAAGGACCAAGUUGGUUCCCUUCUGGCAGUUGGUGAAUCCAUUUCUGACGAGUCGGAAAAUUUCCCAGCUCCUCGAAGGGGUAUGGUAAUGGUUAAUACACCCCCAACUACCUCAUCAGCAUCUCGUCAGCCUUCUAUUUCUGUGUGUUGGUCUUUCUCCAUCUCUAAUCUGGUGUGGAUUGAGCCAGGAGCUAGUAGAGCCUGUCUACAGCCCAACUCAAUUGUUGGCAUUCAUACAGGCAAUGUAAUGCAAUAUGCAAGGGUACUUAACUCCACUUUGACCUCUGAACAACUCGCUAGUACUGCUAAUUACUUCAAAGGAAACUCGGAUUCUGUGAUAUUACAGUUAGGUUCAUCGCACAGAUUAGUUGUUGCCUUCCUCCGUCAGCCCGAAUUUCUAGAAUUGGGUCGUCAAGUAAUCAUCUCUCGUAACAACGUUGUAAAUAUUGUCGGUACCGUAGCCGGCUUCGAACAUGCAAUCACCUUCUUCUCAGAUAUAGUUCUUUCACAAUCUUCCUCAUUAGACAAUUCUUAUACCACUACCUCUUAUCCUAUUAAUGGUACUGCAACACCAUGGAACGAUGUUUCUGACUCCUUUGAAGAGGAUACCUCGUACGAAACUCUACUCUCGCAAGUGGGUAUCGAUCCGAAAGGUCCUGGAACGCAUUUUAUUGAUGAACCUCCGCCAUCCUCCGAAUUAAUUGCCCAAUGUGAUGCCUCCACCCUGCAUCAGGCUAGAAAACGUCGCCAACGCACUGCUAAAAAACAUAGGAAAGCUGAGGCUCGUUUAGCACAUAUGAACUCAAUGGCAACUCCCCAGUCCUCUAUUUCCACUUUAAAUAGCUGUGACAACAACUCUGUCCGUGUGAUACAAAUGAAUCAACGGUUAUCCGUUGACGAAAAGGUUGAAAUGGAAGGUGAUCACAUGAGGACUAAUGUAGGAGGGGGGCGUAAACGUCGAAGGAGGAAACGAAAAGCGAAGCGUUGA